GCAGCAUCAAAGCAGCAGCGAUCAGUGCUCGAGCACUCCUCAGGCACCUGCAGGGUUCUAAUGGUCUGUGACCUCUGUAAUUGAGGAGCUAGCAACUAUGUGAUUUCGCUCAUAUUCCAUCAUCUAAUUCGCGGCGUCCUUCUUCGUUUGUCCCCCAAAACUUCCAGGCGAAUCCAAUGGUCUCCUUGACGUCUGACUUUGAUAGCUGGUAUGCAGUUGCUCCACUGAGGGGCACUGAUGACCCCCUUCAGUUAUUGCGCUCGGUCCCUGCUGGCUUCCCACCUUUGUAACUGCGACCUCACUGCUGCUUGUAGUUCUGGAUCCACUUCAUGUCACCAUGUUGAGUGCCUUUGUAUGGUAUGGCUGUCUUCUUCUAACUGGGGUGACUAGAUCCAUCAGCCAGCGUACGGAUCCACUGACACCCCCUGCUCCUGAAUAUGCCCAUUCUAUACGAUUAGAUGGUGACAUCAUCCUAGGUGGUCUUUUCCCAGUGCAUGCUCGGGGCGAACGGGGUGCUCCUUGUGGGGAACUUAAGAAAGAGAAGGGUAUUCAUCGGUUAGAGGCCAUGCUUUUUGCCAUUGACCUCAUCAAUAAAGACCCUGACCUGCUGCCCAAUGUUACCUUAGGGGCACGCAUUUUGGACACCUGUUCGCGAGACACAUAUGCCCUGGAACAGUCGCUUACCUUUGUGCAGGCCCUCAUUGAACGUGAUUCAACCGAUGUGCGAUGUGCUAGUGGUGAGCAGCCCAUCUUUGCCAAACCGGACAAGAUCAUUGGUGUGAUAGGGGCAGCAGCUAGCUCAGUCUCCAUAAUGGUGGCCAACAUUCUACGCCUGUUUAAGAUCCCUCAGAUAAGCUAUGCAUCCACAGCUCCAGAGCUAAGUGAUAACACCAGGUACGACUUCUUCUCCCGGGUUGUACCGCCGGACUCCUACCAGGCCCAAGCCAUGCUGGACAUCGUGACCGCCAUGGGAUGGAACUAUGUUUCCACACUGGCAUCUGAAGGGAAUUAUGGAGAGAGCGGUGUUGAGGCUUUUGUUCAGAUCUCACGAGAAACCGGUGGUGUGUGUAUUGCUCAGUCUCUGAAGAUCCCCAGAGAGCCCCGACCAGGAGAGUUUGACAAAAUCAUCCUGCGGCUACUAGAGACACCAAAUGCUCGUGCUGUCGUCAUGUUUGCAAAUGAAGAUGACAUCAGACGUGUCUUGGAUGCUGCAAAACGUAACAACCAAACAGGUCAUUUCCUGUGGGUAGGAUCAGACAGCUGGGGAUCGAAGAUAUCACCUGUCGUCCAGCAGGAAAGCGUGGCAGAAGGUGCAAUCACCAUCCUUCCAAAAAGGGCAUCCAUAGAAGCCUUUGACAGAUAUUUCAAAAGCCGUUCCUUGUCAAACAACCGACGCAACGUCUGGUUUGCAGAGUUCUGGGAAGAGAAUUUUGGAUGCAAGUUGGGGAUGCACGGCAAGCGACCAGGAAGCCCUAAGAAAUGCACUGGCUUGGAAAAGGUUGGCAGAGACUCCACUUAUGAGCAAGAGGGAAAGGUGCAAUUUGUGAUGGAUGCGGUGUACGCCAUGGCCCACGCGCUGCACCGCAUGCAUAGGGAUCUCUGCUCAGGAUAUCCAGGCUUAUGCCCCCGCAUGAGCAACAUAGAUGGCAAGGAGCUGCUCGGAUACAUCAGAAAUGUCAGCUUUAAUGGAAGCGCCAAGACCCUUGUGAUGUUUAAUGAAAACGGAGAUGCUCCUGGACGCUAUGACAUCUACCAGUAUCAGAUAACAAACAAGUCGACUGAGUACAGAAUCAUUGGCCACUGGACAGAUCAGCUGCAUUUAGAUAUGAAUGCCAUGCAAUGGGCAAGUGGUGACGAUGUCAUGCCCACAUCUGUAUGCAGCCUACCAUGUCAGAUGGGCGAGCGGAAGAAGAUUGUAAAGGGUGUGCCUUGCUGUUGGCACUGUGAGCGCUGUGAAGGCUACCAUUAUCAGGCCAGUGAGUUCACGUGCCAGCUUUGCCCGUACGAGCUACGGCCAGAUCAAAACCGCACAAGCUGCCAGCCAAUCCCUAUCAUUAAGCUGGAGUGGCACUCACCAUGGGCUGUGGUACCCAUCUUCAUUGCCAUCCUCGGAAUCAUCGCCACCACCUUUGUGGUGGUGACCUUUGUUCGUUAUAAUGACACGCCAAUUGUCCGGGCUUCUGGCAGGGAAAUGAGUUAUGUGCUACUAACAGGAAUUUUCUUAUGUUAUGUUAUCACAUUCCCAAUGAUAGGAGCACCAGGAGUGGCAGUAUGCUCCUUCCGAAGGAUCUUUCUCGGGCUCGGUAUGUGUUUCAGUUAUGCUGCUUUGCUUACCAAGACAAACCGCAUCCAUCGGAUCUUUGAGCAGGGAAAAUGCUCAGUCGCUGCACCGCGGUUCAUCAGCCCUGCUUCCCAACUUGUAAUUACCUUCAGCCUCAUCUCAGUUCAGUUAAUGGGGGUUUUUGUGUGGUUUGUGGUGGACCCACCACACACUGUUGUGGAUUAUGGUGAGCAGCGCACACAGGACCCUAAAAAUGCCCGUGGUGUCCUCAAAUGUGAUAUCUCGGACCUUUCACUUAUCUGCUCAUUGGGCUAUAGCAUCCUUUUGAUGGUCACAUGCACUGUUUAUGCAAUCAAAACAAGGGGAGUUCCAGAGACCUUUAAUGAGGCGAAGCCCAUUGGAUUUACCAUGUAUACAACCUGCAUCAUCUGGCUGGCAUUCAUACCCAUUUUCUUUGGGACUGCACAAUCUGAAGAGCGGAUGUACAUUCAGACGGCUACACUGACCGUCUCUCUGAGCCUGAGCGCAUCCGUGUCUCUGGGGAUGCUGUACAUGCCCAAAGUCUACAUCAUUAUAUUGCAUCCAGAACAGAACGUGCCCAAACGCAAGCGCAGCUUCAAGGCCAUCGUCACUGCUGCCACCAUGACAAACAAGCUCAGCCAGCUGGCCAGUGAACGACCCAAUGGAGAGGUGAAAACUGAACUCUGCGAAAGUGUGGACAAUAGUGCACCGUCCACAAAAACAACUUACGUCAGCUACACCAAUCAUGCCAUAUGAGCGAACAUCCUGAGAAUGGUUGGCAUGGACCUGGCAGGCUUCAGCAAAACCAGUUCCAAUGACUGAAACCCAAGCAUGAGACAUCAGUGUUGUUUGUGGACAAGAGGAUGGACUCUUGCACUUUUUUCCCUGGAUAUUUUAUAAGGACGCCUAGGUGGCCAUCCAAAAAAAGGAGACAGAAGCUGUCAUUCACAUUGGCAGCCAAUAAAAUAGGACACUGACAAAGGGGUACGAGAAAAAAAUGCUAAAGUUUAAAGAAACAGAACAACUAUUGGAGUCGAUCAUGUUACAUGUUAUCCUAAUUGUAAGUAUUUUGUGGUUGUGAAAUUUUUUCAUUCUUGUCCCACAGUGUCAGACCUGCAUUGAAAAAUGCGUUUUUCAUUUGUAUUGGCUAAUCUGGUCUAUAACCUUGGGUGGUGAGUGUGCAAAUGCCAUGGUUGAAGCAUGCAAAUUGAAUUUUUAUACAAAUAUUUUAUUUAUAAUAAAGGAAUGUUU